CAUGUGAACUGUUGAAAUAUUCCUCUCCUCUCAAAUCAGUCAAGAGAAAGAGACAGUAAGAAGGACUUUAAAGAAGAGGCCGCUUUGAGGUCAGUCAUACAGUUAUGAAUGAGUUCAUGGAUAAUUACACAGAUGAUACUUAUGAUUAUGAUGAUGAGGCGGCACCUUGUAACCUGACAUGGUUCAACGAACAGCAAGUGACCAUCCCAACAUUCAUCUACUCUCUGAUUUGCACACUCGGCCUGCUGGGCAACGUUUUGGUCCUCCUAACAUACGCCUUCUACAAGAAAGCAAAAACCAUGACAGAUAUCUACCUGGUUAACGUGGCACUGGCGGAUCUGCUGUUCGUCAUCGCCCUUCCACUGAUCAUCUACAAUGAACAGCACGACUGGGGCAUGGGCACGUGGGCUUGUAAGUUUCUGAGAGCAGCCUACAGCAUCAAUGUGUACAGCAGCACGCUCCUGCUGGCCUGCAUCAGCGGCGACCGCUACAUCGCCAUCGUGCAAGCCAGACGAUCAGUUCGAAUUCGAUCGCAAGCUCAGGUGUACAGCCGUCUCAUCUGCUUGGUCAUUUGGCUGCUCGCUUUUAUCUUGUCUCUACCUACGCUUAUAUAUUACCAGGAGGAAAACAAGGAAUGCAUCCUUAACUUUGAGGAGCACAACCUUGCCAGAAUCAUGAAAAUCCUGAUUCCGAGCAUGCAGAUGGUCCUCGGGUUCUUGGUGCCGUUGAUGGUCAUCAUAUUCUGCUACUCGUGCACCAUGGUGACUCUACUCAAAGCUCAAAACUUCCAGAAGCACAAGGCGAUCCGCGUGGUCCUGGCCGUGGUCUUUGUGUUCGUCAUUUGCCAUCUGCCUUACAACGUGGCUCUUCUCGUCCACACCAGUAAACGGUUCAGUGAGAGAGUCUGCGAGGAAGAACAGGUGACUCUGAUGACUUUGUCUAUCAGCAGGAGUGUGGCCUACCUUCACUGUUGCUUGAAUCCUAUUCUGUACGCCUUCAUCGGGGUUAAAUUCAGGAGCCACUUUUGUCAGAUCUUCCAAGACUUGCGGUGCCUGGGGAAACGGUACAUUUCGGGACGCUCCUCUCAGCAGACCUCGGAGCUGUACAUAUCAGCAAACAAAACCGUUGUUGGACAGAACCAUGAGAACCCAUCAUCGUUUACAAUGUGA